AUGAACCAGAGAGAAGAAGAAAUGGACGAUAGCUCCCCACCACUCUGUGUCACCUGCGGCCAAGCGCAUUUACCCGAAGAAAACCACUUGUACAGCUACACCGAAGAAGUAGAUGAUGAUCUGAUAUGCCACAUUUGCCUGCAACCUUUGCUUCAGCCGUUAGACACGCUCUGUGGUCACACCUUCUGCACAGCCUGUCUUACCAACUUCCUCGUGGAAAAAGACUUCUGCCCCAUGGACCGCAAGCUUGUGAUUCUCCAGACGUGCAGGAAGUCCAGCAUACUAGUGAAUAACCUCCUGGACAAGCUAAUGGUUAGCUGCCCUUUCACAGAACACUGCUCAGAGGUCAUGCAACGUGGUCACCUCGAACAGCAUUUCCAAACCCAAUGUAAAGGAGCAUCCCACUAUGGCCUUACCAAGGAACGGAAGAGACGUUCUCAAGACUGCUCUCCGGACCAUGGCUCCAGCUUAGCAGUAGCUGCCCUGGGCCCAGAGCUCUCAGCAGCUGCAGCCAUCGCCUUAAUAACAGAUGAGCCAGGGCUGGUGAACCCAGCCUUCAGCCCCACCUUGGAGGACAGCCAGUCAGGCAGCAGCCACGGAGACUCACAUCGUAGUAACCAGAACAGAACUCGACAUUUUGAACGCUCCACUAUAAGAAGCAGAUCUUUUAAAAAAAUAAACAAGGCAUUCAGUGUUCUUCGAAGGACAAAGAGUGGAAGUGCUGUUUCCAACCAGGCUGAUCGGGAUACUAAAAACCCAGAAAAUUCAGUCUUUCCUUCUUUAUAAAGUUUUCCCAGGUUGUACCACCUGAUUCCAGAUGGAGAAAUUACCUGCAUUAAGAUCAACCGUACCGAUCCCCAUGAAAACCUGGCUAUUAGGAUUGUGGGAGGCAGUGAAACUCCAUUGGUUCACAUUAUUAUACAGCAUAUCUAUCGAGAUGGGGUAAUUGCCAGAGAUGGAAGGCUGCUGCCUGGAGACAUGAUACUAAAGGUAAACGGCAUGGACAUCAAAAAUGUGCCUCACAACUACGCCCUGUCAAUCCUGAAGCAACCCUGCCACGUGCUCCGACUGACAGUGCUCCGAGAGCAGAGGUACCGAUGCCGAAACAGCGGACUUUCUCUUGAUGCUCACUGCAACAGGGACGACAGUUUCCAUGUCGUACUAAACAAAAGCAGCCCAGAUGAGCAGCUGGGCAUUAAGCUGGUCCGCAAGGCUGACGAACCAGGGGUGUUUAUUUUCAACUUGCUGGAAGGUGGUGUGGCUGCCCGUGAUGGGCAGCUUCAGGAGAACGAUCGGGUGCUGGCCAUCAAUGGGCAUGACCAUCGCUACGGCAGUCCAGAGAGUGCAGCCCAGCUCAUACAGGCCAGUGAGAAGCAGGUUCACUUCAUCGUGUCACGACAGACCAGGCAGCAGACACCUGACAUCUUGCAGGAGGCAGGCUGGAGUUACAGUGGUGGCAGCCCCCAGCCCUCUCCUGCUCAGAGGAACAUCCUUGGCAAGGGCACCCUUCACACCGUCACCUGUCACGAGAAGGUGGUGGCUGUCCGGAAAGAUCACACAGAAUCUCUGGGAAUGACUGUAGCAGGCGGAGCGUCUAACCGGGAAUGGGAUUUGCCUAUCUAUGUGAUAAGUGUUGAACCUGGAGGAGUUAUCAGCAGGGACAGCAGGAUAAAAACAGGUGAUAUCCUCCUGAACGUGAACGGGAUUGACCUGACGGGGGUCAGCAGGAGUGAGGCUGUUGCCCUGCUGAAAAACACCAACUCAUCGGUGGUGCUCAAAGCCCUGGAGAUGAGAGCCUGUGAAGCCCAGGAGGAGUGGGGCUGCUUGCCAUCCCCCGAAGCCAUGCAGGCAGCUUCUGAGAGCAGUGAGUGGUCACCUUCCUGGGUGAUGUGGCUGGGGCUGCCACGGUAUUUGUACAGCUGCAAAGAAAUUGUAUUACGAAGAAAUACAUCUGGAAGUCUUGGCUUCAGCAUCGUGGGAGGAUAUGAAGAACAUACUGGGAACAAACCAUUCUUUAUCAAAUCCAUUGUUGGGGGAACACCAGCAUAUAAUGAUGGCAGAAUUAGAUGUGGUGACAUUCUCCUUGCUGUCAACGGUAGAAACACGUCAGGAAUGAUGCACGUCUGCUUGGCAAGGAUGCUCAAAGAACUGAAAGGGAAAAUUACUCUCACAAUUGUGUCCUGGCCUGGCACUUUUUUAUAA